CGAAGAAGAGAUGAGACUCAAAUGAGCUGAGCAAAAAUGACCCUUCUCGCGCCAGCUUUGCCUCUGCCCCUGCCGUCUCUAGAUUUCAAGGCAAAAGCCUUUGCAUCUGUGCCUUGGUCUCCGUUCCAUGGACGUGUUUCAACUUGUGCCCGCUUCGAAAGAUUGCCCUGUUCUUCCAUGGGAGGAAGCCCAAGAAAGUAUGUGGAACUAAUUGGUAUCUCGGAGACUGUUCAAGAGGACGUCCUGAAGUCUUUGAGAGAUUUUCCAUGGAGAAAGGCAGAAACUUUAUUGAUGCAGAGGUUGAUGUCUCUGGGAAGAACUCUGUUGAAGUGGUCUUUUGUUGCCUGGUUUGUUAUAAGCUCUGUAUCUGAUGUCUUAACCUCCAUAGCCAUCAGUCAAGAACUCAUGGUACCUUUAGGUCUGCUCAUUGGCUGUUUGGUCUGUGAACUCUUGAAAGAGACAGCGAGCGUAAUGCUUCCAGACUCAGAGGAAAAAGGUUUAUACUUUCAGUUCUUUGGAAUCAGCUGCUUCUUCGUCAUUAUCAAGUUUGUCUCUGCAAUUUUCGGAUCAAGAACACGGAUGUUUCUUCUCCAUUUUGGAAAUGGUGGCGUCCUUCAACUUCUAUGGCUGUUCUCGGGAAUGUUAUGGAGGAGAAGUAGCUGCACAACUGAACAGAAUCGUUCUCCGGAGGAUGCUUCCGAGUAGCUUCUCUUUCGGGUGUCACAGAGAUAUUUCACCGAUGCUUUCUGAAAGGGUUCAAUGGCCGAUGCAGAACCUUGGAGCCAGAUUGCUCCCAUUAGAUCAAUCUGUAAGCAAAAAAACCUGCAUCUUGAUGCAAUAUUAGUGAAGACGAUGUAAGUUCGUUAGAUCAGUAGGCUACAUGUGAAACAUUUGGUUCUUCGGGUCGGUUCACUGUCACCGUCACAAACCCGACACUGUAAUCAGGUUUUGUUCGGUUUAGAAGGUGACAGUUUCCCAGGAAUCUCCAUCUUUAUCAGACUUGCCUUUUGUGUUAA